UUAAAGUUUAAACUGUCAUCUUGCAAAGCCUAAAUAUAAAAACCCCAACCCACUACUCUGAACACAAGCACAGAAACCAUGGCCUCCUCCAUAGAACACAGAACCAUUAAUGUCAAUGGCAUUAACAUUCAUGUAGCAAUCAAAGGUCCAGAGAAAUCACCAGUUAUUCUCUUCAUCCAUGGAUUCCCUCAGCUAUGGUAUUCCUGGAGACACCAGAUUGAGGCUCUAUCCUCACUUGGCUACAGAGCUGUGGCACCGGACUUGAGAGGGUAUGGUGACACAGACGCGCCAGCUGAGGUUACAAGUUACACCGUUCUCCACGUGGUUGGUGAUUUGAUUGGGUUGCUUGAUGUUGUAGCUCCGAAUCAAGAGAGUGUUUUUGUUGUGGGACAUGAUUGGGGUGCUUUGAUAGCUUGGCAUUUGUCUUUGUUUAGACCGGAUAGAGUUAAAGCUAUGGUUAACUUGAGUGUUUUGUUUAAUCCAAGGAAUCCCAGUAGGAAAGUUAUUGCGACUUUGAAGGCUGUUUAUGGUGACGAUUAUUAUAUUAUCAGAUUCCAGGAGCCUGGAGAGAUUGAAGCUGAGUUUGCAGAGAUUUUUAUUUCCAUUUUUCCCCAUCAUCAUUACUGCUUCAUUUUUUUUCCUAAUUCCUCCUACCUUCCGUGUUGCAGGAACUGGGAACUUACCGCACCAUGGACUGGAGCUCAAAUAAAAGUUCCAGUCAAGUUUAUCGUGGGUGAUCAGGACCUCACCUAUAAUUCUCUCGGUGCCAAGGAUUAUAUAGCCAAGGGCGGGUUCAAAAGAGACGUUCCAUUUCUACAGGAUCUAGUUGUAAUGGAAGGUGUGGGUCAUUUUAUCAAUGAAGAGAAACCUGAAGAGGUCAGUAAGCACAUUUACGACUUCUUUCAAAAGUCUAGUUCGCUUGCUUGGUUUCCCUUCUGUUGUCUUUUCUGAAGAGAUAAAGAAUUCAAGUGUGUGCAUUCGUAUGUUCAAAGCUUGCAUGCUCCUGUGGGGUUUUGAUUAUUUGAAUGAGAUGUUCUUGUGUUGAGUUACUGUAAUGGUUGCUGUAAUUUCCAUAUGCACUAAAAAUAAAUCAUGCUUGUGAUUGUUUCGUGCCCAACAUUUAACUGGUGAAUUGAUUGCUCAAAGCACAAGCA